AUGAAUGCACAGGACACAAUAUUUUAUCGAACGUAUGAUGAAUGGAAAUUGAUAAAAGAAAUCAUUGAAUAUCUUUGAUAUAUCAUUGGAUAUCAUUCAACAUUAUUGAGUACAUUGGAUAUAUCAUUGGAUACGUUGAAAAUCAUUGGAAAUCAUAUUUUAAUUAAUGUAUCAUUGAAUAUUAUUGGAUACACUUGAUAGAAUAUCAUUGGACACGCUGGGCAUCGAACUGAAUAUAUCGAACAUCACUUUAAUCAGAAAAGACAGGGAUAAUACAGACAGAAAGAUUCGAUUUAUCAUCGAGCGUACGAUGGAUGGAGAUAUAAUAUAAUAUAAUAAAGGAAGAGUGGAGCGAUUGAGUUGAAAAAAAUUGAGUCGAAUUCAUCGAGGUUCGUCGGCGAGGAGGAUCUUUCCGGUAGAGAGUCCAAUGAACCCGUUCUCAUGACGAAUCCUUUACGAGAUGCGCGCCCCGAGGAUCGGCCUCUAGGCUUAGACUAUCCGGAUCCGAGAUUAGUGCGAAACGGUCAUCAGGAGCAUCAGGAGAACUCGACACAUCAGCUUGCUGGCACGAGAAUCAGGAGAACCAGGACCUCGUCGUCGAGAAGAAGAAUGCACCUGGCCAACGAGGUCCCACCACAAGGAUCCACUGGCGGAAAUAAUAUACCGGAUUAUGCGCUCACCGCUGAUCUGCUCGCCGAGAGGACCUUGGAUGGCUUGUUUGCCGAACAUCCUGGCGAACUUGUGCGAACAGGCUCCCCGCACGUGGUCUGUACGGUGCUACCAGCACAUUGGCGGUCAAACAAGACACUUCCGGUAGCGUUCAAAGUAGUAGCCCUGGGCGAGGUCGGUGACGGAACUCUGGUGACAGUGCGUGCCGGAAAUGAUGAAAAUUGCUGCGCGGAACUGCGAAAUUCCACGGCGGUUAUGAAGAACCAGGUGGCGAAAUUCAACGAUCUCAGGUUCGUCGGGAGAAGUGGUAGAGAACGUCAUAAAACGAUCAUCAUCGAAAUCCCAAAAUGUUUCAUAAAACAGAAUAUAUUUGCAAAACAUGCCAAGAAAUGUUCGAAUACUUUCACGAGCAUCUAUAACGGCAAAGAAGCAGAACUAUAG